AUGGCCACCCCAUCCUCAUCGUCGACUUCCACACCCAACUCUUCUGAACAAACCUACACAACCAUGUCCGUCGGCGAUGUCGAGGCCAUCGGCGCCCACUGCCAAGCCGCCUUCUGCCACCAGCUCGACUUCCUGCCCUUCAGGUGCGAGAGCUGCCGGGGAACUUUCUGCCUCGAUCACCGCACAGAAAGCGCGCAUGCAUGCGCCAACGCCGGGGCCUGGGCGCGAGCCCGGAGACAACAAGAACUAGGCGGCACCACAAGCGCGCAGCGGGCCGGGCAGAAGAGUAUGCUGAACCAGGAGCGCGAGUGUGCGGAUUCGGGGUGCAAGACCAUGAUCUACACAGCCCGGACGCCGGGCGUGCUCUGCGCGACCUGCAACCGGAGCUAUUGUCUCAAACACCGCAUGCGCGAGGACCACGACUGCAAGAACCUCAAGCCGGUGGGCGCGAGAACGACAAGCGUUCAGACGCAACAGAACAGGGAGGGCGCGCUGGCCAAGCUCAAGGCGUGGGGUGUGGCGAGGAAGGCGGCGGCAUCCUCGAAUAUCGCGAGCAUAAAACCGAAACCGGCGCCGACGAGCGCGGCGGCUAGGACGACGGCGUUGAGCGCGCUGAAGAAGAACGCGAAGGGGGACGAGAAGGUGCCGGCCGAGAAGCGGGUGUAUUUGCACGCCGAGGCGAGCGCGGACACCGCGGCUGCGAAGUUUCCGAGGGGAGAGUUCUUUUACAGCAAGGAGUGGAGCGUCGGCAGGGUGCUGGACGAUGCGGCGAGGAGACUGCAGGUCGAGAACCUGAACAACAGAAGUGAAGGGGAGGAGAACAAGCUGAGAGUCUUCCACGUGGAGGGCGGCCGGCUGCUAGACUUCUCGGAGAAACUGGGGACGGCUGUGCAGAGUGGGAACACGAUCGUGCUGCUUAGGGGCGUUGGGCCUUCUGCGCCGGAUUUGAUCAAGGUUUAA